GCAUGUGGGUUUAUGUGCGUGUGGGGGUGUGGGUGGGUGGUUAUCUCUUUAAGUGGCUGAUGGGAGAGGGGGUUCUGGAACUCCUCCUGCCUCACAGAGACCCAGUCUCCCUUCCCCCACACCUCUGGACUCUGUGUCUAAGAAGCCCCCCUGAGCUGGGUGUCAGUCAUUUAGGUGGGUGUGUGCAUGGGGGUUGGGGGAGGGCACUGGACAGGUUACAGGCACACUCCACUGAAGAAUGGAGAUCUUUGAAAGACAGAGAGGUCCUUAAGCUGUGACUCCCUGUGGGUAAGGUCUCAAAGCGCCCAAUAGUAGCAGUAGGACAUGGGGGAGAAGGAGGUCUUGGGUUUGGGAAGGGCCUGAGGGAGGGGUCCCCAGACAGGGGUGCUGGGGUGAAGUCUGGGAUAUGUAGGGACAUGUGUGUGUGGGUCUCAAGGGCUUGAAAGAGCCGAGACAGGGGCCUGGGGGCGGGAGGGCUGUUGGCCAAUCUUGCAUGUGUGACCCUCCGCAGCAGCCUCCCUGGCAUGGGGGUGAAGCGGCGCCUUCAGAGCGGGGGCACCUUGCUGGGCUUCUUGGCCCAAAUCCUCACGAUUCUCUCCACUGCCACCAACUACUGGAUCCGCUACCCAGGGGGCCACAGUAGCCUGUGGCAGGAGUGUAAUGGCGGCAUCUGCUCCAACAUCCCCUGCCAGACCAUGCUGGCGGUGGCGGGCGCGUGCAUGGUGCUGGCGGCGUGCUCCGCCGUCGUGGGUUUGGUGAUGGGGCUGCGGAUUCUGUACCACGAGGGUGACUCGCGGGGCCAGACUAUGAGCGGCACCUUCUUCCUCUGCGGGCUGCUGCUGCUGAUCGCCCUGACAGGCUACACCGUCAAGAACGCGUGGAAAAACGACGUCUUCUUCUCAUGGUCCUAUUUUUCGGGGUGGCUGGCUUUACCCUUCUCUAUUCUCGCGGGCUUCUGCUUGCUGGCGGACAUGAUCGUGCAGAGCACGGACGCCAUCAGCGGAUUCCCCGUGUGCUUGUGACCGCAGCCUGCCUGGGGCAGAAUAAAGGAACGGCUUUCACCGCC